AAAAACUACUCGUAACCAUGUUGAUGCGCUGAUGACGUUCUGUAGUUAUUGUUAUCACCCUGAUGGCGCUACAAUGCUUACCUUUUACAGGUACUCAUUUCCAAUAGGGACUACUAAGGACAUAAUGAAGAAGCAUGUCAUCAAAGUUUUCUUCCGUUAUAUUUCAUUCAAGUAAUCAUUGUAUUUGAAAAAUUGAUUUGAGGUGAGGAGGACUUAAAACAUAGGUUGUCAUGACAAAUAAUAGCAACAACAUACAGGCGGACUAUGGAAGACUGUUGCUGAAAAUUACUUGUGCGACGUAAUUUCUCUGUUUUGACAAUGGCUAACAAUAUUUUAAGUAAUGGUCGUAUUCAGCAACAAGGAAUCGCUUCGCAGCGUUUGAGAAAUGACAAAGGAAAAAAAGCACCGGAAAUACCAGCAGUGGAAAGUAAUAAUUGGUUACUACAUCGGCAUUACACACGACACGAAUACAAAACUUGUAAAACUCUAAUCGACCAAGAAUUGACAAAAUCAGAUGGACACAACGAAUAUGCUAAUUACUUGAAAGGUUUAAUAUUAAGACGAGAAGGGAAAAUUCAAGACUCGCUAAAUCAUUUUCAGGCCGCCUAUAGCGUAAACUCAACAAACAUUAAUAAUGUUAAACAGAUAGCGAAGUCUCUUUUGAUAAUGGGCAGUCACAAGCGUGCAAUCGACGCGUACCUGGAAGCUGAGAAGAUAUCAAAUGAACCAGACUGGGAAAUUUAUCUGAAUCUAGGCGAAUGCCACAUGAAAUUAAAUCAACUGCAGGAUGCAAAGAGGUAUUUGAAAAAAUCGAUCGAACUGACGAAGAACGAAUUACCAUAUAUCGCUCUCGCAAAAGUUUGCCUUCUCGAGGAUCGCGGUACAGAAGCACAGAAUGCUUACAUAGCAGCGCUUAGCGAGAAUCCUGAAAGCAUAGAAGCCGCAACCGAACUGGGUCUUCUCUACCUUAAAAUCGGUGACGUUCAACAAGCGUUCCAGCAAUUCGGAACAGCCCUUGCUCACUCACCAAAUUGCACCAAAGCGAUCCUACCGAUAGCUUAUGUAAUUCAGAAUCAUCAGGAGUACGACGUGGCACUGUCCAAGUACAAGCUGGCAGCCCAGUCGAUCUCAGAAUCGUACGGUUUAUGGAACAACGUUGGAAUGUGUUUCUAUGGGAAGCAAAAAUUCGUUGCCGCAAUUAGCUGCUUGAAGAGAGCCCACUACCUCAAUCCGAUGGCUUUCCCGCCUGCCUACAAUUUGGGUAUGGUUUUUCUCACCACCGGACAACCUGCCUCAGCUGCAAUAUAUUUGUGUGCUGCGGUUAAUGCGGAGCCAAAAAAUCCUAUGCCGUACCUUCUGCUCGGCCUUGCCCUGAAGCGUUUGGAUGACCUGGAGGGUGCUGAAAAGAUAUUGCAGAGAGCUCACGCGAUCUCGCCGCAGGAUCCUCUGAUAUUAAUUAAUUACGCGAUAGUGUUGGAAGAACAGGGUAAAAAGAACGCCGCGGCUGAAUUUUUAACCGCGUUAAACGAUAUCACGGUUGUAAUUGACGUAGAGGAGCAGAUAACGCAGACCGCGAAGAAAUUGUCAGCAAAAAUUCAGCAAGAAAGCACGUCUAGCAUUGAGAAUACAAGAGUUCUGAAUGCAGAUGAAGUUUGAACUGGGACAAUUACUUAGUGGAAUAAAAAGAAUCCUGCUAAGAACUGUUUCGCACAAGUGUAACGUUUUAUAAUUAAAGUAUUUAGGGAAGAAAUUGUGUGGA